AUGUAAAAACUUGGCUAAAGAUAAGUUAAUGAAUUGAAUGAGGAUUAAAAAAUACCCAAGAUGAAGAGAGUCAAAAAAAGAUUUAGACAUAGUUAAUUUCAAUUGACAACAAAUCCUAAAGAAGGCCAAAUUGGAGCAUCAACCUUGAUGUAAAGUAAUGCUUCUUAAAUUGAUCGAAAAUUAUAAGCAGAAAUUGCUUAUAAUGGAUAAUAAACUUAUGCCAUCUCACUUCAAAAGUUGUAAAACAAAGACCACUAGAAGUUAGAUCAUAAUUAUUUGAGGAAAUUAUUGUAUUUUCUAUUGUGUAAUGAGAUUGAUAAAAUUAAAGCCUUUGCAUCUUGUUUAUAAGAAGAAUUGUACAUUGACUAUAGUUUAAUGGCUCAAAAUACGUUGAGUGUCAUCCAAAAAUAUUAAAUCAAAUUCCAGACUAGAAUUUAAAUCUGGCUCACUAUAUACUAUUAAAGUUUUAUCCAAUAAUGUUCACUUAAUUAUAAUUGA